GACCUUUUCGAGCCUCCGGGGCCAGAGCUGCGCGCGGUCGGCCGCCGCCGGGAGCCAUGCUGAGGAGCUGCGCCGCGCGCCUGCGCACCCUCGGGGCCGUGCCGGGACCCGCGCGGAGGCCAUUUUCUUCUGAGAAAGCCAUUCAAAAGGACUAUUCGCUCCCUAACCCCAGCUGGACCAAGGACAUAAGACUCCUUUAUGACCAGUUCAUGAAGAAAUGUGAAGAUGGAUCCUGGAAACGUUUGCCUUCAUAUAAAUACACAAAGUUUGUGGAAGAACAAACGCCAAAGGCCCAGAUCUUCACAAGAAGCCUUGAGGAAGGCCUGGGCUUCGAAUAUGUGAUGUUCCAUAAUGACGCUGAGAAAAGAGUAGUUUGUGUUUUCCAAGGAGGUCCUCAUCUGCAAGGAAACCAUGGAUAUGUUCAUGGAGGUGCCAUUGCAACCAUGAUUGAUAUUACAGCUGGUACAUGUGCAGUUUUAACUGGAGGAUAUGCCAUGACUGCCAAUCUAAACAUCAAUUUUAGAAGACCUAUCCCCCUUUGUUCUGUUGUUGUGAUAAACAGCCAAAUUGAUAAAAUUGAAGGAAGGAAAUAUUUUAUUUCCUGUGAUAUUCGGAGUGUUGAUGAGAAGACGCUUUACUCAGAGGCCACGAGCUUAUUUAUAAAGCUGGAUCCUAACAAAGCCUGAAAUAAAAAAUCUUCUGGUGGGGGCUGGCAUUGUGGCAUAGAAGGUAGAGCUGCUGCCUGCAGUGUCAACAUCCUUUAUGGGCACCGAUUCAAGUCCUGGAUGCUCCACUUCCAACCCAGCUCCCUGCUAUGGCCUGGGAAAGCAGCAGAAGAUGGCCCAAGUCCUGGACCUUUGCACCCACAUAUGAGACACGGAAGAAGCUCCUGGAUCCUGGCUGCAGAUCAGCCCAGCUCCGUCUGUUGCAGCCAUUUGGAAAGUGAACCAGCGGAUGGAAGACUCUCUCUGCCUCUGCCUCUCUCUGUAACU